AUGGUCAACUCUGAGGUUUCCUUGAAACCUCUCUUGGCGACUAACGUGCCGAUGAUAUUUACGCUGUUGGUGCCCGUCAACUUCACGGAGACAGGACAUCGUUUCGUCUAUCUACGAGAUAUUUUGGAAGAGGUUGCUGAGCUAACUGGCCUGGCUCUCCAAGGUAUGCAAGACAAGAUUAGAUCGGUUCCCAAGCAGUGUUGACAGGCCACUCAGCCAGUUGCUAACCGUUUAAUUCGGCGACUUAUCUGUGCCUUUGUACAGAGGACUCCUGCUUCGACUACUGGGUGGUCGACGACGCGGCUACGUCAUCUACUCACUCGACUCCAUGUCUUGCCUCCUGCCGGUACGACCAACUCGCAGCAUUUACUGCUGCGACCGAUUCUUCGGACAAGGUUCUCGGAUUGACCGGCUUCGUACUCGACAUCGACUCGUUGCCAGCAGAAGCAACCAUUACCUUGAGAGUGCGUAUAGCUUCAUGACUUGACGGAUUCUACGUCGUUGAGCUUUAGUCGCUGAGCUGACUCUUGAUUGCAAAUGUCACAGGUCUACGAGCACAUCAAGGCUCGUUUUUAUUUUAUUUUUUACUGGGGCUCAUAAAUUGCAAUCCUUUGGGUUGGCUGGGACCGCUAGAAAAAGAGCUAAAAGAGGUUAUAAAGCAACGACGGCAAGCAAUUGGGUGAAAGUCAAACCCCUGCGCGCAAAGAGCGCUGCGCAGAUCAAAACUCGCCGAGCACCUAACGCGGACUCCAACGGGCGGUGA